CCUCCUCCUCCUCCUCCUCCUCCUCCUCCUCUCCCUCCUCUCUCCUGGCCCGCCGCGCGCCGCUCGCCGCUGCCACCGCCACCACAGCCACCACCACCAACGCCCGGGACCGGACCCUCGCGCCGUCCCCCCCGCGACUCAGGCGUCUUGGCGUGGACGGCACUGCAGAGGUGCUGCUCCAGCCUCCCCCCCAGCCCUUGACGGACACCUGAGUACCUGGACACUGUCCCUUUCUCCUGUGCUCCUGUCCUUCCCACCUGAAUGAGCCUCCUCCCAAGAAUCUCCUCCCUUGUUCCUUAGAGGACCCCAUCACUGCCAUCGCCAUUGCCACCACCUCUUUAGGCCCCAGCAACUGACUUGCUUUCUACUUUCUGGAUCUUCCCCAGAUGUGAAGGUUCCUCCCCAGCGCUGCUGAGGCUGGACCAGUAGCCAGUGUCCUGGGCCCUAGGUUUACCCCAGCAGCAGCACCUGCCUGAAGAGACUCUGGCCCUCGCUCUUCCCGGGUGAGGCCCCAGGUGUUGGGACAGUCGAGGGCUCCCCUCUCCUCACCCCAGCCUCUGGGAAGAACCCCUAGUACCAUAAUGGCUGCAGAGACACUCAACUUCGGGCCUGAGUGGCUGAGGGCCCUUUCCCGUGGCGGCAGUGUAGCCUCCCCACCCCCAUCCCCUGCAAUGCCCAAGUACAAGUACAAGCUGGCCGACUACCGCUACGGACGUGAGGAGAUGCUGGCUCUCUAUGUGAAAGAGAACAAGGUCCCCGAGGAGCUGCAGGACAAGGAGUUUUCUGCCGUGUUACAGGAGGAGCCACUGCAGCCCCUUGCCCUGGAGCCUCUGACUGAGGAGGAGCAGAGAAACUUCUCCCUGUCAGUGAACAGCGUGGCCGUGCUGAGGCUGAUGGGGAAAGGGUCCGGGCCCCCCCUGGCCACCACCCCCCGCGGCAGGGGCAGUACACGGAGCCGAGGCCGUGGCCGUGGUGACAGUUGCUUUUACCAAAGAAGCAUUGAAGAAGGUGAAGGGGCCUUUGGACGGAACCCCAGGGAGAUCCAACGAAGCCAGAGCUGGGAUGACAGAGGUGAGAGACGCUUUGAGAAGUCAGCACGGAGGGAUGGAGCUCGAUCUGGCUUUGAAGAGGGAGGGACUGGCUUGAGGAAGGAGCACGCUCGCUCGGAUAGCGAGAACUGGCGUUCACUUCGAGAAGAGCAAGAGGAGGAAGAAGAAGGCAGCUGGAGACUUGGGGCAGGACCCCGGAGAGAUGGAGAUCGCUGGCGCUCCUCCAGCCCUGAUGGUGGCCCUCGCUCUGCUGGCUGGCGGGAACAUGGGCGGCGCAAGUUUGAUUUUGAUUUGCGAGGGGAGAGAGGAGGGUGUGGUGAAGAGGACGGGCGGGGUGGGGGAGGCAGCUCUCACCUCCGGAGGUGCCGAGGGCCUGAUGGCUUUGAUGAUGACAAGGAUGGGCUCCCGGAGUGGUGCCUGGAUGAUGAGGACGAGGAGAUGGGCACCUUCGAUGCCUCUGGGGCCUUCCUGUCUCUCAAGAAGGGCCCCAAGGAGUCCAUUCCUGAGGAGCAGGAGCUUGACUUCCAGGGCUUGGAGGAGGAGGAGGAAGAGCCUUCGGAAGGGCUGGAUGGAGAGGUACCUGAGGCAGGUGGGAAGGAGUUGACCCCUUUGCCUCCUCCAGAGGAGAAGUCUAGCUCUUCAUCUCCACUGCCCACCCUUGGCCCCCUCUGGGCAGCAAAUGGAGCUGGGGACGAAACUGUAGAUAAAGAGCUCCCUGCCAGUGAAGGAAAUGAUGUUCCUCUGAGUCCUGGGGUGGGCUCACCCCCUGGGCCACCAGGAGACCUGGAGGAUGAGGAAGGCUUGAAGCACCUGCAGCAGGAGGCGGAGAAGCUGGUGGCCUCGCUGCAGGACAGCUCCCUAGAGGAGGAGCAGUUCACAGCCGCCAUGCAGACCCAGGGCCUGCGCCACUGCACGGCCGCCCCUGCCCUGCCCCUCAGCCACGGCGCUGCCCGCAAGUGGUUCUACAAGGACCCCCAGGGGGAGAUCCAAGGCCCCUUCACAACCCAGGAGAUGGCAGAGUGGUUCCAGGCUGGCUACUUCUCCAUGUCCUUGCUAGUGAAGCGGGGCUGUGACGAGGGUUUUCAGCCUCUGGGAGAGGUGAUCAAGAUGUGGGGCCGUGUGCCCUUUGGCCCUGGCCCCUCGCCACCCCCACUGCUGGGGAGCAUGGACCAGGAACGGCUGAAGAAGCAGCAGGAGCUGGCUGCGGCCACCUUGUACCAGCAGCUGCAGCACCAGCACUUGCUUCAGCUUGUCGGCAGCCGCCAGCUCCCACAGUGUGCACCUCGAGAAAAGGCAGCUAUGGGAGACCUGACGCCGCCGCAGCAGCAGCAGCUCACCGCCUUCCUGCAGCAGCUCCAGGCUCUCAAAUCCCCCAGAGGUGGAGACCAGAACCUACUCCCGACCAUGAGCCGCUCCUUGUCGGUGCCAGAUUCCGGCCCCCUCUGGGAUUUACAUACCUCAGUCUCAUCACCCUCGGGUGGUGAGACCAGUCUUUGGGACAUACCAAUUAACUCUUCGACUCAGGGUCCAAUUCUAGAACAACUCCAGCUGCAGCAUAAAUUCCAGGAACGCAGAGAAGCGGAGCUCAGGGCCAAGCGGGAGGAGGAGGAGCGCAAGCGGCGAGAGGAGAAGCGGCGCCAGCAGCAGCAGGAGGAGCAGAAGCGGAGGCAGGAGGAGGAAGAGCUCUUCCGGCGCAAGCAGGUGCGGCAGCAGGAGCUGCUGUUGAAGCUGCUGCAGCAGCAACAGGCGGCAACGGCCCCUGUGCCUGCAGCGCCCGGCUCCCCACCUCCGCCCUGGGCCAGCCUGUCCAAGCAGGGCCUGUCCAUGAAGACGCUGCUGGAGCUUCAGCUGGAGGGUGAGCGGCAGCUGCACAAACAGCCCAUGGCCCGUGAGUCACUGCGGGCCCAGGCCUCCAACCACCGAGUGCAACUUGGGGGCCUGGGUACAAACCCCCUGAACCAGUGGGUAUCUGAGUCCGGACCACUGUGGGGCGGGCCUGACAAGAGUGGGGGCAGCAGCGGUAGCGGGCUGGGGCUCUGGGAGGACACUCUGAAGAGCAGCGGGAACCUGGCCCGCAGCCUGGGCCUGAAGAACAGCCGGAGCAGCCCAUCUCUUGGUGACUCCUACAGCCACUUGUCGGGUAGGCCUGUCCGCAAAAAGACAGAGGACGAGGAGAAGCUGCUGAAGCUGCUGCAGGGGAUCCCCAGGCCCCAGGACGGCUUCACCCAGUGGUGUGAGCAGAUGUUGCACACCCUGAGUGCUGCGGGCAGCCUGGACGUGCCCAUGGCUGUGGCCAUCCUCAAGGAAGUAGAAUCCCCCUAUGAUGUCCACGAUUAUAUCCGUUCCUGCCUGGGGGACACGCUGGAAGCCAAAGAAUUUGCCAAACAAUUCCUGGAGCGGAGAGCCAAGCAGAAAGCCAGCCAGCAGCGGCAGCAGCAACAGCAGCAGGAAGCAUGGCUGAGCAGCGCCUCCCUGCAGACAGCCUUUCAGGCCAACCACAGCACCAAACUCGGCCCUGGGGAGGGCAGCAAGGCCAAGAGGCGGGCACUGAUGCUGCACUCGGACCCCAGCAUCUUGGGCUACGCCCUGCAUGGCCCUUCUGGUGAGAUCGAGAGCGUGGAUGACUACUGACCAGCCAGUCCCACCAGCCCCUGCCUGGGUGAAGGCCGAGGGUGGUAGCGGUGGUGGCGGCGGCAGCAGCAGCAACAGCAGCGGCGGCAGCAGCAGC